AUUAGCCCAAGCAAAGCUAGAGUUAUGAAUAUUGGAGUCUAAGGUUUCUUCAUAUUUUAAACGGGUAAAAGACUUAAAAAUUUUGCCAGAUGAGAUUUUGGACUUAGAAUGAAUAGUUUGAUUCUUGAACAGCUCUACAGGGGUUAAUCUAUAAAAAGUUGAAAUUAUUAGUGCAUGAAAACGUGAAAAGUAUUUGGUCCUAAUCUGCAAUUUUCCAUUAAGCACAACAACUACAACAAAAAUACGUGAUCAAUUUGGCUGUGAGAAAAUAGAGAUUCAGAUCCAGGAAGACAAACAAGGAAAGAAAAAACGAAACAGAUGGGAAUCAGAUUCAUAUUAAUGGUGAACAAGCAAGGGCAGACUCGUCUUGCCCAAUAUUAUGAAUGGCUCACCCUCGAAGAACGACGUGCCCUCGAAGGCGAGAUCGUCCGCAAGUGCUUGGCCCGCAACGAGCAACAGUGUUCAUUUGUUGAGCAUCGGAAUUACAAAAUUGUAUACAGGCGUUACGCUUCGCUGUUUUUCUUAGUUGGAGUUGACAAUGAUGAAAAUGAGCUUGCAAUAUUGGAAUUUAUACAUCUCUUGGUUGAAACCAUGGACCGCCAUUUUGGCAAUGUGUGUGAGCUAGAUAUCAUGUUCCACUUAGAGAAGGCACAUUUCAUGCUGGAGGAAAUGGUUAUGAACGGUUCUAUCGUUGAGACAAGCAAGGCUAAUAUUCUAAGUCCGAUUCAGCUGAUGGACAAAGCAUCAUGAGGGUGUAAAAGGGGUUAGUUAAUUUUCUAGAUUGAAUAUUGUGAUUUUCUUUGCGAGCCCUGGCAAAUUGUUUGUUAUUGUCUCCCUAUUUGUUUACUGUUUUUCUUCUCCCUUUCCUAUAUAAACUUCAAUUUUCAAAGUUUAGCAAGUUGUACAAUAAGCUAAGUAGAAUACAAACUGUUGAGAGUUUUCUCCUUACUGAAUCAUAUGCAGUGUUUGCUUGUA